AUGGCCCCGACGAACCACGAUUGCGCACGUUACGUGCGCAUACAUCCACAAAGUGCUACCUUCGCGGGUACAUCAGUCAACUUAAACCCACGUGCUACGAUGUUUACUAGCUAUGUGCUGUUGCUGCUCUCGAUCGACUUGAUUGUGGUAUACGGUAUGUAUCACGGACUUCGUCCAGGAGGGUUUCUCUAUGAUGGGCAGCGGGGGGAUGGUCUUUUCAUAGUUUACGACGUCUCCGAGGACAGCCAAGUAUCUAUGACCAUCUCCUGUGAUGGGCGCCUUGCUGUGCCACCGGGCCUACCUGGGUAUAUAACUAGGAACCUAACCCGAACAGGUGACGACAACUUCAAAGUAGAUUGCCUCAAGGGCGAGCCCCAAUUAUGGUAUAAGCAAAUAGAGAAUGUAUGUCCUAAGUACAAGCUCAAGCCUCCUGUCGGUCUUGACUCCAUCAUGUUCUAUCCGACUAAUGUUGCUUUCAUGACGUUUUUUGGCCGAAUCAAAGUACUGAAAAUGCUUUAUGGUCCACAGCGCGGUGGUGUGUACGCUUAUGUUGACCAGAUUCAGCAUUUUGGUGUUACUUUCAAUAUAACCAUAAUCCCUCCUGGAACCUUCAACCCGAAUAUUGUCAAUUUCGAGAUUAAGUGUCUUCAGAACGAUACGCACAAAGUGCUACCGUUCGGGCCGUACGAGUUGAUCCUAGACGGAUGGGACAAGCCACGCAGGAUUUCCUAUCCUAAAGGUGAAGUCAUGAAGAUAUAUGACACCAUCCAUACGGCCUGCCCGGAUAUCGGUGGACUUCAACCUGGUGACCUUCUGGAUGUCGGGUUUGCUACCAGUAAGACUAUCUAUGUGAACCUAUUUGGCUCCUUCCUGCCAUUGACCACGCGAGGUUAGCUGAAUUGUGUCCAACACAUCUCAACAAUCUCGAUAGUGGUGAUGUCUACAAACUACUAUACAAUAUUCAGGGAGUGAUCUUCGGCGAAUCGUCAUUUUUUAUUAACUCCUCUAAGCUGUGAGCUACAGCCCUAUACUCUUCAUUUUUUGCCGCGCCGUUUAUGACCAUGCUGUCGCUGAAGACCAUGGACGCUGACGCUUUUGAGACGGUGCCCCUCGUUCUCUCUCAUUCCCCAAACUGAGAUGAACUAUGAUGACGUUUUUUCAUGGCAAAGCAACGCCUGGGAUAUGGGAUGGUGAUAAUCACGUAUGACCAGCUAACCAGGAUAUGCUAUCAGUUACACGGAACCGUAUGUUCUCAUCGGUACAUUCUUUUCGAA